GGAGGAGAAGCUGACGGCAUCGCCCCCUGUCAGGACGGUCGUCCUGGAGGACGUCACCCUGAAGGUCCCCGCGGGCCAGCUGAUCAUGGUCGCGGGCCCCGUCGGCUCGGGCAAGAGCACGCUCCUGGCGUCCCUGGCGUGCGCCCGGCCGGUGCUGGAGGGCAGCUGCGAGGUGCUGGGCUGGCGCUCCUACGUGACGCAGAAGCCCUUCUUGCUGAACGGCACGGUGAAGGAGAACAUACUCUUCGGCCUGACCUUCGAGACCACGAGGUACGAGGACGCGAUCUGGAGGGCGGCCCUGACGGAGGACCUGCGUGCGCUGAGCCUCGGGGACCAGACGCUGGUCGGCGAGAACGGGGUCCAGUUGUCCGGUGGACAGAAGGCCCGGGUCGCGCUGGCACGCGCCAUGUACGCGGACGCGGACGUGGCCCUGCUGGACGACGUGCUGAGCGCCGUGGACGCGCACACGGGGCGGCACCUAUGGGAGCACUGCAUCGUGAAGGGCCUCAAGGGCUCGGGCAAGACGGUGGUGCUGGUCAGCCACCAGCUCCAGUACCUCUCCAUUAGGGGAACGAAGAAUGUGGACAGCGUGGUGGUGCUCCGCGCCGGGCGCGUGGAGAUGCAGGGGCCCUGGGAGCAGAUCCGGCAGGUCACGAGCGGCUCCGACGAGCUGCUGAGCUUCGUCGGGGAGCGCGACCAGGAGGCUCCGGGGCAGGACGGCGGCGGCGGGGGCGACGGCCGGGCGGCAGAGGGCGCCUCGUGCGGCCGCGGGGAGCCCGAGCGGCCGCCCGGCGCGGGGCCGGUGUCCGUGAGCCUGGCGGAGUGCCAGGCGGCGGUGGCCCGGGCGCUGGCGUCCGUGCAGGGGCGGCGGGUGGACGGGCCGCUGAUCGAGGUGGUGCGCCAGUCGAUUGGCGGGGAGUCCGAGGCCAUGGAGGCCAUGCGCCAGGGCGGCGUCACGCUGACGGACAUGAAGGCGUACCUCAGCGUAUUCGGGUCGUGGUUCACGAUCUCGCUGCUGUUCGUGCUGCUGGUGGCCGGGGCGCUGUUCGAAAUCGCCUCGAAUGUAUGGCUCUCGAUCUGGACCAACAGCGCGGCAGCGUCGUCGCAGCAGGACGAAGAGCGGAACCUGCUGAUCUACACGCUGAUCAGCGUCGGCGGGGCAUCGGUGGGGUGUUUCCAGACGCUGAUCCUGACGGUCUGCUCCCUGGCCGCGUCGCGGAAGGUGCACAGCGAGAUGUUGCGGAGGCUCGUGGGGGCCCCCAUGUCCUUCUUCGACAACGCGCCCACCGGGCGUAUCAUGAACCGGUUCUUCCAGGACAUGCAGAACAUCGACCAGGCCGUUCCGCAGUGCAUCUCCGACCAGACCCUGCGGACGCUGAACAUCAUCACCCAGCUGUCCCUGAUCUACGUGGAGGCCCCGUGGGUGCUGGUCUCGCUGCCCUUCCUGCUGGUCCCCUACGUGAUGAUAUUCAACCGGAUGCGGGUGCCCAACCGGGACACGCGGCGCAUCGAGAGCGCCGCGCACAGCCCGGUGUACUCGCACUUCGGCGACACGCUGCUGGGGCGCGAGACCGUGCGGGCUUUCGGGGCGGAGCCCCGCUUCGAGCGGGAGAACCUCCGGCACAUCACAGCGAUGGCGAAUGCCAAGUACGGGAACAACGCGGUCUCCAAGUGGGCGCAGAUUCUCACCACGCAGUGGGGCUGCGCCCUCUUCUUCGUCUCGGGCUUCGUGUGCGUUGUCCUGGCCGGGGCGGGGGACAUGAAGGCCAGCCAGGUCGGCCUCGUGCUGCUGUACGCGGGUCAGCUGCAGCGCGCUGCGAUGGACUACAUGAUGAACACGGCGAAUCUGGAGAAGCAGUUCGUGUCGGUGGAGCGCGUGGCAGAGUACAUGAGGCUGGAGUCGGAGGAGGGCGCCUCGGUGAGCGCCGGGGAGCCCCUGGAGGGCUGGCCGCACGACGCGAGCGUGUCGCUGCAGAACGUCAUGCUGAGGUACCAGCUCCACCGGCCGCUGGUGCUCACCUGCGUGGACCUGUGGGUCCCGCCGGGGGCGAAGGUGGCCCUGUGUGGCCGCACAGGCUGCGGAAAGAGCACCCUCUUCGCGGCCCUGAGCAGGCUGUAUCCCCUCGUCGGCGGGAGGGUGUCCAUAGGCGGCCGGGACAUCUCGGCCGUGCCCCUGAGCGAGCUGCGAGCGCAGGUGAGGGUCGUCUCGCAGGAUGCGUUCCUCGUCUCGGGCAGCCUCCGGCGUAACCUCGCGAUGCAGGGGGAGGACAGCGUAGAGGAUGGUGUGUUGUGGGAGUGCCUCGGUGUCGUGGGCAUGGACGAGAAGGUAAAGAGCAUGGACGGCGGCUUGGACACGUGGGUGCAGGAGGGCGGCCAGAACUUCUCCGUGGGGGAGCGGCAGCUGCUCUCGCUGGCUCGAGUGCUGGUGCCGCGUGGCCGCAGCCUCGUGUCCACCUGGGAGCCGCCGCGCAUCCUGCUCUGCGACGAGGCCACGGCCAGCGUGGACCUGGUGGCCGACCAGCGGGUGCACGACGUGCUGCUUGGCCUGCCCACCACCGUGGUGAU